UCUGUCAUUAGGUAGCAGGUAUUUAGGAUGUGUGUGUCUGAUAUUUAGGGCUGUUUCCAGACACACAUACACACACAAGCUAUUACAGUCAGUAGAAAGUCACUGUUAGGGCAGAAAGAUGUUGAGCAGGUUUGAAAUCUGACACUAGCAUUGUUGACACACAUACAUCAUCUCCUGCUUGAAACAAGGAAAGGAAAAGGGGGUGGAGGAAGAGGAAGGGAGGAAAAGUAGCACAAAAACGAGGAAACUUUGUUUUGUUUUUAAAAGAAUGCCAAACAUGCUUUUUGGCAUGCUAAAGAGGUUGCACAUGAGAGCGACAGUAUGGCAUAACCAGGCGUGUAAUGCAGGCCAGACAUGAAGUCAAUAAAAGGAUUAAGUAUCUUAUGUACAUCAAACAACUGCCCUGUGUACUGUGAUACCUUGUCUUCUCAACUCAAACUCGGGGUCUAGACCAAGGCCUAUCUUCACAGAAGCUUGGAUGACCUUUUGGAAACUGUAGCCACAUUAACAGUGAAGGUCUUUACCAUAAGACUACUGGUAACUUACCUUACUACUGGCUUGCCAAAUAUUACUGAAUUUUUCCCCCCUCUCGACUCCAACCAAAGUGACGCGGUUCAAACCUGACUGGAGGGAUUAAGGAGAGGCACAUGAUGGCUCAACCCGUGAUUUCACUGGGAACUCGGGCCAGCCUUAAUGAAUGAAUUUCCUUUUCUCUCUCUCUUGACACUGUGCUCAGGCACAAUCUACACAUAAUGGCAUCUCCUCGACUCGAGACAUUUUGCUGUCCGAAUCGAGAUGCUUCAACUGAAUUUGUCAUCAAUUUCCAGCCUCUCUUCUUCGGUGCCAUCUGCAUAGGUAGCGCUGCUGUCAGUCUCAUAUUUUCUAUCAUACAAAUUUUACCAAAACGAAGAGGAUACCGUCGCCUUGGACAAUAUCCACUACCAAAACCUGCUUCGUCGUCCAGGAUAUUAUUCAUUAUCAGCGUGUGUGAUAUUUUAGGAUGCUUAGGGAUCAUUCUGAGAUCAUCCAUCUGGCUGGGCUUGCCAAACUUUAUCAGCCAAAUCUCUGUUACCAAUAACAGCAAUGUGUGGCCAGAGGUGUUCUGUGUGGGCAGUGCGAUGUGGAUCCAGUUGUUUUUUAGUGCAUCGUUUUGGUGGACUUUCUGCUAUGCUGUAGACGUGUUCUUGGUGGUGAAAAGGUCUGCAGGUAUCAGCACCAUUGUGUUAUAUCACAUGAUCACAUGGGGCCUGGCUGUGCUGCUGUGUGUGGAGGGGGUAGCCAUGCUCUAUUACCCCUCGAUCUCCAGCUGUGAGAAUGGCCUUCAGCAUGCCAUCCCCCACUACAUCACCACCUACGCCCCCAUGCUGCUGGUCCUUAUAGUGAACCCCGUUCUCUUCUCUCGCACCGUGUCAGCUGUUACGUCCUUAUUGAAGGGCCGGCAAGGAAUCUACACAGAAAAUGAGAGGCGCCUUGGAACAGAGAUUAAAAUACGCUUUUUCAAAAUUAUGCUGGUGUUCUUUAUAUGCUGGCUGCCCAAUCUCAUCAAUGAGAGCCUGCUCUUUUAUCUGGAGAUGCAGGAGGACAUCGAAGCCAAUAACCUGAAAAAUAUCAGAAAUACUGUGCUCAUCACAUGGUUCAUCAUGGCCAUUUUGAACCCCAUGCAAGGCUUUCUCAACACGCUGGCCUUCCAUGGCUGGACGGGCUUUGACGUGGAUCUGAGCCUACAGCGCCGCAGGGAGCUGGCCUGGGACUCAGCAUCCACCUCUGUGCCCGCGGCAGGGGGCUACAACCCUGUGGUGGGCUCCACGCUCUUUUACGAGGGCCACGUGCAGGAGGCCAAGAAGAGCAUGUCCGGCAACGGUCAGCAGCAGCACCCCUCUGAUGGCAUCAGUGUCCUCUCAGAAGGUUCAGAGUCUAGUACAAUUGAAAUCCACAUUUCCAGUGAGCUGCGAGACUAUGAGGAUGUAGACGCUGAUGGAGAGUCGCUGGAGAACUCCACAAAACGCUAGAUGGGCCUCAAAGCUGACUCACCUACCAGCCUGUACGCUCUUUGAUGUCUAGGACUCUUCACUUCAUUUUAGCAGUUGCUUUACAUUCCUCCCGAGUACUCUGGCACUAACAUUCCCUUUCAACUACAUCUCACUUAUUUUUAGAUUUUCUUUCAAAGGAUUCAAUGAAUCCCACACACACAGACAUGCAGUAAUCUUAAAUAUUACAUGCCAGUAUUUGGACUUAGUCAGGACAUUCACCAUCACACACUGGACAGUAGAAAAUGUGUUUUAGUACUCAUCAGAUAUUAUAUACAAAAACAAAUCAUCUCUGGAUACAGUGUUCAGUGAGCAAUCAUGAUAUUCAAUAAAAGAUGGCACAACAUUGGUAAAAAAAACCUUGUUGCUUAGGGUAGUUAAUUUUACAUGAGAAACUGUUUUCAUUGUGAAUGUUUUUGUACUUGUUUUAUUAAAGAUUAAUAUAAAUGA